CAACAAUCUAUAAAAGGAAAAGAUGAAGAUUAUUAAGAAGAAGAAGAAGCUUGAAGAGCGGCAAUGCUGAUCUCUUCGAGGAAGGAUGCGAUGUACUGGAUCGGCAUGCACAUGGUGCCCAACAUCGUCGGCGUCGCCCGGUUCACCUACGGCUUUCACCGGACAGGGGCGGAUGUGGGUCGCAUCUUCGAUAUAUGCCUGGGCGCCGAGUCCUUCGCCAACAUCUGCAGCGACAUCGCGGUCAUCGGGCUUCUAAGAAAAGCGGAAGCGUCGCAGGGAGCCGACGUAGACGCCACACACAUGACUCGUGUCCUCGGUGCGUUCGUGACGUGGAACACCGUGGCGUUGCUGCUCUGCUGCGGCGGCAACCUGGCCGGUCUACGCUUCCCGCCCAAGUGGUAUACAAACAUGGACGCCGAUGCGCUUUCCUUCCAACAGCGGACGAAGAUUGCAGCAAUUGGGGCGCCUAUCAUCGUACUCGCAGCACUUUGUAAGCUGUACUACACAAGUAUGCUGUACGAUUUCUACAGUUCCUACAAAAUGACAACGGUCACGGCGCACGAGGAGGCGCUGGUGGAGUCUGCUUCCAUGGGACAAGUAGAAAAGCGUCCGUCGUCCAGAAAUCAGACUAGCGAUGACGUCACUUCACCCCGUCACGAAACAGCCACGGACGCUAAAGUUAGAAAAUCAUCUACAAAAUUGCAGGCGCGCAGUGGCAGGUUGCUCCCACAAUCCCCGGACGGCGAAGACCACUUGACCACCAUAAUUCCGCCGGCGAGGAUCCGAAAGCUCUCCGACCGUUCGCGCAGGCAGUCGAUCGCCAGCGAAUGUCAUACGGGCGCGAGCUCCACCGCGAAGUCCAAGUCGGGAAGGACGAGGAGGCAGUCCACUGCUUCGCAAUUUGCACGGACCAUCGACGACGCGGCCGCGACGAUCGGCCAGCCAGUGCAAGGACGGUCGCGACGGAUGCCCAGCGCCCUCCGCGGCGCCAUGGCUUCUGUUCAAUCGGCCAGAGGCAGGCGACAGUCCGUCGUCGCUCCCGAUUCGAGCGCCGCUCCCGACGCGUCCCGAAAGCAGCGCCCUCGGUCGGCCGCUGCCGGCGCCGCCGCGCGGCCGCUCCUCGUGAGCGUCGGCAAAUCCGGACACCAGGGUUCGACGUUCACCGAUGCGAAGCUGCUCGCCAAAAAAUUCUCUCUCGUCGGCAGACCGCCAGGUGUGGAGGCUCGAGGGGGUCCGACGGAGCGUCCGCGGACCGCGGGUCCAGCAACCUGUCGUCGAGCGCAACCGCGGGUUCCGAUCACCCCGUAGCGGACGUGCCGCAGUGUGGAACGCGCACCCCUCGGCAGUCCGCCUCGCCAGACGGCGUCACCGCAACUUUGCCUGUCCGAAACUCGGCCGGUCAGUUGCCCCAGGAGCCCCUCCCAACUGACGAAGUGGGGGCCACGGCCGACGCCGGCUUGGCCGAUGGGGCCCGCGGCGCCGCGGUCUAGAGCCCGUGCCUAUAAAGGCUGGACCGCUAAGCGCUGGGUGAACGCCUGUGCAGCGACCAGUGUCCCUGAGCGGCUCUUUAAGAGGUGUCACUCGGCGCUGCGAGACAGCACGAACGCGCAAUCAGGCUCGGCUAUCGCCGGUCACGUGUCAUAACGACGCCGGGCGGUUGCUUCGCCUUCACCUAUAUUCCAUUAAAUAUAACGUUUGCGGAGGCACCGUGCAGGCUUGCAGACCUAAACAUAUCGUAGGCGCGGCGGUAUAAAAUGAUUUGAAACGGCAUUUUUCGCGAACAGGCGUCCAAGUAUUCUGAGUACACCUCCCUUGUAAUGAUUUCAAUUGCUUGGGUUCAUAGUACGUAAUCAAGAUGCAGUAGACAGUGAAGGCAUCAGCUAGAGUGGUGAGGUCUGAAUAUUUGCGUAGAACGAAAGCAUCACUUUAACUAAAAAACACAAUAAACAUGUUUCAUCUUCA